AUGGACACCAAUGUCCGCAUCAUUGCCGGAUUCACGUUAAAAUCGAGUUUGAAGGGUUGCUACUAUCAAAGUUCUGAAGAAGACAAAGCGUACAUUCGUUCUUGCGUUCUUCAAGCAUUACUCGAUCCCAUUCAGCCAAUUCGUAAUGCUGCUGGCGUCAUCGCCACGCAGUUGGUGACUGUGGGCAGUUUGAAGGCAUGGCCUGAUCUCCUACCUACCUUGAUGAAAAUGCUGAAGAGCGAGAACACGGAGUGCAUUGUAACGGCACUCAGCUGUCUCAGCAAGAUCACAGAAGACAAUAUUUACGAGCUGGACUCCGCGGAGGUGAAUUACCCUCUUAAUGAUUUGAUCCCUCUUUUCAUUUCGUUUUUCCAACACCCCAGCCAGGAGGUCGUGUAUCACAACGUGAGCUGCAUGCGAAACUCGAUCGACGCGAUGCCCAACGCCCUUCUCGUCAACAUGGACGCCUAUCUCCAAGCUUUAUCGUGGCUUCUCACGCGCACCAACGACGAAACGCUCGCUCUGAUCUGCAACUCGCUGGUGUCGAUCCUCUCGCUGCGCGUGGACGCGCUUCUGCCCUCGCUGGACGGGGUUUUCGAGUUCAUGCUGCAGAUGUCCCAGCACCCAAAUCAUUUUGUGGCCACCCAGGCGACCGAGUUCUGGAGCACCUUCGCGACGCUGCAGGAGCAGGACGACGUGCUGCAGCGUCUGAGCGGGUAUUUGCCGCGGUUAAUUCCGAUGCUGGUGCUGGUGAGGGUUGUUUGUGGCGGGGAAUGGGGGGUAGAAUAUGCGGUACAGCGAAGAAGAACUGGAUUUGCUGAACGUGGACGCGUCGGUUGCGUGCGACGCGGACGGCGUGCGUCCGUUCGUGUGCCGGCAAGAGAAGGAAGACAAGUAGAAUUUUCGAGAGAGAAAAUGAAGCGAAGAAGCUUGGCGCUGGACGAAGAUCAAGGCAUGUGGACGCUCCGGAAAGCCUCUGCGUGGGCGCUGGACUGUCUGAGCAAUGCGUACAACGCGGACGUGCUGGAGAUCAUCGCGCCGGUGCUGUCGGUGAGGGAGAAAACGCGGCGUGAGGCAUAG